AAUUUUUAAAAAACUAUCUUAAAUAACUAAAUAUAUGUGUAUGUAUGUGUAUAUGUAUUGCACAAUACAUGGGGUCGUUUUUAACUAUACUAUUUAAUACAUGUGUGUGUGUUUGACGUUAUCUGAUCUGAAAAUUUAUGACUUAUCUUUACCCAUGCAUUUUUAUUGUUAUUUGAUGCGUUUUCAUGUAAAUGCAUGUGGCUGUUUAUGUACAUAUGUAUGUAUAUCUAAUAUAUAAAAAUAAGUAAGGUUUUCCUUCCUGACGCUAUAACUCCAGAACGAAUGAACCGAUUUCCUCGGCUUUGCAUUCGUCUAAAGUCUCGAGCUCCGUGAGGCUUAUAGCAGAGAAAAUUCAGGAAAAAUUUCAACAUAAAUGCGGGAAGAUUUUUUUGCAUACAUCGCCAUCUCUGAUACAUAGCAUGUACUACCAGCAAAUAUUUUAAGAAGAUGGCGCCGGCGCGUGAUACACUGUUUACCAGCUACUAAUUGUUCUCUGCUCAGUUAAUUUCAUGUGUCAAACCGGUAUUGUGUUCACUGUGAAAUUGUAAACAAAAAAAAAAUAAAAAAAUAAGUUAUUCGUUUCCUAUCCCUUCAAUUGGAAAAAAUCAAAUUGUGAAAAUUUUCAUUUAAUUUCUACAGGCAUUUCUCAUUAAGGAGGUAAGUUGAACUGUUUAAAUUAUGUGGAUCGUGCAUUUGAGGUUUAAUUCACCAAUCUGUCCAUAGUCCAAAAUGCCUAAAGGACGACGUGCGAACAUCGGCCGCCACACAAGGCAUGCAAGCCAGCAACAAGUUUAUUCACAAAACUUAAGCGAAGAAAGACAAAAUUCAACAAGAGAAAAUGCCCGAUUGAGACAACGCGUGAGGACACGAAGAUCAUUGGCAUCAUACAAUCGCUAGGCAUUCCAAUAUGAUCCCACUGCGAACUACGGUGAUGAUGAAAAUUUAGAUAUUGAACAAAUGACGACUAUAUGCCGUUAUUGCUAAGCGUUGAAGUUCAAAAGAGAAGCGGCUGGAUUGUGCUGCGCAAAUGGAAAAGUCAAACCAUCCGGAUCCAUUACUUACACCACCACAGCCACUGAAACCAUUGUUUGAAGGAAGUGUUCCCGAUUCUAACCAUUUUCUUCAACACAUCAUUGAAUACAAUAACUGCUUUCGCAUGACUUCCUUUGGAGCUAAUAUCAUUCGAGAAGACGGAUUCAUGCCGACUUGCAAGAUACAAGGACAAAUAUAUCAUUUGCAUGGUUCAAUGGUGCCAAGACCAGAUGAACCGCAUCAAUUUCUUCAAAUAUAUUUCAUUUCGUCGAUGUUGGAUCAGCUGAAUGUGCGAUGCAAUAUACAGGGAACACAACAGUUAAAGAGACGAAUUAUUGAACAGUUACAAGCAUUUUUUCACACUAACAAUGCUGUGGUUAAUAUGUUCAAAACAGCAUUGGAACGAAUGCCAUCGGAUAUGCACAAAUUUGUCAUAAGAGCGGAUUGAACCCCAACAGGUGAACAUGUGCGAAGAUUCAAUGCACCAACCGUUAAUGAUGUUGCUGCAAUUAUUGUUGGCGAUCCAACUAAAUCGCGAGACAUU